GCAGCCUCCGCCUCCCGGAUGGACACUCUGCCCCGCGGCGGGCUGAACCUGAAGGAGGAGCCGCUGCUGCCCGCCGGCCUGGGCUCGGUGCGCUCCUGGAUGCAGGGCGCGGGCAUCCUGGACGCCAGCACCGCGGCGCAGAGUGGCGUGGGCCUGGCACGCGCACAUUUUGAGAAGCAGCCCCCCUCCAACCUCAGGAAAUCCAACUUCUUCCACUUCGUGCUGGCCAUGUAUGACCGGCAGGGGCAGCCCGUGGAGGUGGAGCGCACAGCCUUCAUCGAUUUCGUGGAAAAGGACCGUGAACCUGGGGCUGAAAAGACAAACAACGGGAUCCAUUACCGCCUCCGAUUGGUGUAUAACAAUGGACUUCGGACCGAGCAGGACCUCUAUGUGCGCCUCAUUGACUCCAUGUCCAAGCAGGCCAUCAUCUAUGAGGGGCAGGACAAGAACCCCGAAAUGUGCCGAGUGCUGCUCACUCAUGAGAUCAUGUGCAGCCGGUGCUGUGACCGGAAGAGCUGUGGCAACCGGAACGAGACACCCUCUGACCCGGUCAUUAUUGACAGGUUCUUCCUCAAGUUCUUCCUCAAGUGCAACCAGAACUGCCUGAAGAAUGCAGGGAAUCCCCGAGACAUGCGUCGCUUCCAGGUGGUGGUGUCCACGACGGUGAGCGUAGAUGGACAUGUGCUGGCCGUGUCUGACAACAUGUUUGUGCACAACAACUCCAAGCACGGUCGCAGGGCGCGCCGUCUGGACCCCUCUGAAGCUGCCACCCCCUGUAUCAAGGCCAUCAGCCCCGGGGAGGGCUGGACCACAGGAGGCGCCACCGUCAUUGUCAUCGGCGACAACUUCUUCGAUGGAUUGCAGGUCGUGUUCGGGAACGUGCUCGUGUGGAGCGAGCUCAUCACGCCCCACGCCAUACGGGUUCAGACGCCCCCGCGGCACAUUCCCGGGGUGGUGGAGGUGACCCUGUCCUACAAGUCCAAGCAGUUUUGCAAGGGAGCCCCCGGCCGGUUUGUCUACACAGCCCUGAAUGAGCCCACCAUUGACUACGGAUUCCAGAGGCUACAGAAAGCCAUCCCCAGACACCCCGGAGAUCCUGAGAGGCUGCCCAAGGAGGUGCUGUUGAAGCGGGCGGCCGACUUGGCGGAGGCCCUGUACGGAGUGCCCAGCAGUAACCAGGAGCUCCUCCUGAAGCGCGCGGCGGACGUGGCCGAGGCUCUGUACAGCGCCCCCCGCGCGCCCGCGCCGCUCGGACCCCUGGCCCCGAGCCACCCACACCCCGCCGUCGUGGGCAUCAACGCCUUCAGCAGCCCGCUGGCCAUCGCCGUCGGGGACGCCACGCCGGGCCCGGAGCCGGGCUACGCGCGCAGCUGCAGCAGCGCGUCCCCGCGCGGGUUCGCGCCCAGCCCCGGCUCGCAGCAGAGCAGCUAUGGCAGCGGCCUCGGCUCUGGCCUCGGCAGCUACGGGGCGCCGGGCGUGGCCGGCCUCGGAGUGCCCGGAUCCCCUAGCUUCCUCAAUGGCUCCACGGCCACCUCACCCUUCGCCAUCAUGCCCUCUAGCCCCCCGCUGGCCGCUGCCUCCUCCAUGUCCCUCCCGGCCGCUGCCCCCACCACCAGCGUCUUCUCCUUCUCGCCUGUCAACAUGAUCUCCGCUGUCAAACAGAGGAGCGCCUUCGCCCCCGUGCUGCGCCCAUCCAGCUCCCCGCCCCAGGCCUGCCCCAGAGCCCACGGAGAGGGGCUUCCAGACCAGCCUUUUGAAGAUUCCGACAAGUUCCACUCUUCAGCCCGGGGGCUUCAGGGCCUGGCCUACUCCUAAUCACGGUCUGCAGGUGUUGCCCCCACCGAGCCCGGACUGGAGGUCCCUCUGGGAGUCACGCUCAUGUCCCGGAUGGCAGACAGAUGCAGAACCUGGGCUUCGGGCAGACGUCAACCCAGGGGCCGGAACAGGCCUCCCUGUGCUUCAGGCCUCCGGCCCCACGGGCUUCUCUCACCUCCCGUUCAUGGGGCCGGUUGAAGCCCUGGCACUGUGCUGACGCUCUUGGCAGGAGAGCAUCCCGAGGCACUGGGAUGCUGGGCCUUACUGGGUCGGUUUCUCUGGAAGAGAUGGACCUUGUGCAGACCAGACCAUCAGGUGGCAGGCGCAGGGGGUGGGGACUGUGGGAAAGAAGACAGCUCAGGGAGAGGUCCUGUUUGUGUCUGACCCAUCACAACGGGCCCAGCAUCCCAACUUCUCUCCGGGGCACAGGGUGGUGCCCGGCAGCCUCAGGAGGCCUGCCCAGGCUCCCAUGGAGCUCACAAUGGCUGCUUGCCCCCCCUACCCCGCGGCUGCCCCCUCUGAGGCCUGCACACUCAUGCUUGCCACAUUACAAAUCCCACUGGGGGCUUUCGGCAUCGAGCGUGCAGAAGAGGGAGUGCCAAGGCCCCCGAAUGUGGGUCUUCCUCCCAGCGGCUAUCCCGUGGACUCUGGCCCCACACACACAUGACUCUGGCUGGCCCCCUAGCACCAUGGAAUGGGCCUAGCGACCACCGGCCUCAUAUUCUGCUCUGCUGAGGUUGGAGAAAACAGAACAAUAAACACAGAUGCAGGUGGCCGCCCGGCCUCUCUUGCCUGCUUCCUUGG